AUAAUAUAUAUUCUACAAGAUAUAUAGAAUAAAUUAUUCAAUUUUUCGCGCUAUUCUAGGACGUUUUGAAAAAUAAUAUUCUCUGGUACCGGAAUUAUAAAUCGACAUGAGCCAUGAUAAUGGUCUUCCGUCGCGUGAUUCGCCAUCCUGAUUUAACCUGGUUGCCGCUUUUAAAAACUUAUCGUCCUGAUGAGGUGACAAAGUGUCGAGAGAGUAAAUUGUGAAAACUCUCGGAUUUUCGUACAAAGCAACCGGUUCUAAGUGUAAACAUGUGUUCUUUCUGUUUUUAAUGAGUAUAUUUACCAAGUACGAAAAUGGCUCAAGAUACUGACGAUAUCAAUUUGACUCCUCAAGAAUUACAAAUACUAUCUGAGUUAGACAGUCGGCAGUUUGGAUUUUUAAAAUUAAAUUCACCAGAGCAAACAAAGAAAAAAGCUUUAGUUGUUCGUGCAAUUAAGUAUUUAGAAAGAAUGUUAGUUCAAGCACAAGCUGAAAAUCAACGUAGAAAAGCAGAUAGUACAAAAAUGAAUCCCGAUGAAUUAAAGGAUGAUGAUGAAGAUAAAGGAAUUAGUAUUGAUCCUAAAACAUACUGUAAAUUAGGACAUUUUCAUUUACUUUUAGAAGAUUAUAGCAAAGCCAUGUCAGCAUAUCAAAAAUUUUAUUCUUUAAAAGGAGAUUAUUGGAAGGAUGCUUCAUUUUUAUAUGGUCAAGGACUUGUUUAUUAUCACUUCAAUGCUUUUCAAUGGGCCGUGAAAGCAUUCCAGCAGGUGCUAUGGGUGGAACCAGGAUUUCCACGAGCCUGCGAGGUUCACCUACGGCUCGGCUUGAUGCUGAAGGUCCACGCUGACUUUGAUGCCGCCUUGAAGCACCUGACACUCGCUUUGAUCGAUGCCACGACACCUGCCUCUUUUUCCAAGCUUGAAAUAAAAUUUCACAUAGCUCAUUUAUACGAAGUCCAAGGGAAAUAUCGUCUUGCUAAAGAACAUUACGAGGCAUUGCUCAAGGAAAAAACUCUGCCUUCGCACCUGAAGGCCGACAUUUGUCGUCAAUUAGGAUGGAUGUAUCACGUGGUUGAUUGCACAGUGCUUGGUAUAACAAGACAGCAGAAGCAAGCAAUUGCCAUCCACUGUCUGCAAAAAUCUAUCGAAGCGGAACCGAAAAGCGGGCAAAGCCUUUACCUGUUGGGACGUUGUCUCGCCGCUUCUGGAAAAGUUCACGAUGCAUUUAUCGCUUACAGAUUAAGUUUCACGCAUGAUUCUGUACGAGACACGUUGAAAAAUAGACUUUUCUACUUGAUUUCUAAUUGGAAGCUUGAAAG